CCCACAGGGACCAAGGAGGACACACACACGGCCCUAUCCAUCCAUCCCCAUCACAUCUCUGCGCCACCCGAACGAGAGAGCCACCAGCAAGCCAGCCAGCCAGCCAUGGCCUCCUCCGCCUCCCGCGACGCCGCCACCUUCCAGCUCUACCGGCCCAUGGCAAUGCCGACGCCCAUGCCCCAGUCGAUGGCAAUGCCCUUCUCGUCCGAGCCCGCGGACGCCGUGGUGCCCGCGGCGCCGGCGCCGAGGAAGGCGGGCUCGGCAGCCAAGGGCGCCAAGGACCGGCACAGCAAGGUGAACGGGCGCGGGCGGCGCGUGCGCAUGCCGAUCGUGUGCGCGGCGCGGGUGUUCCAGCUCACCCGCGAGCUGGGUCUCAAGUCGGACGGCCAGACCGUGGAGUGGCUGCUGCGGCAGGCGGAGCCGUCCAUCCUCGCCGCCACCGGCUCCGGCACCACCCCCGCCGUCUUCUCCUGCUCCUCCGCGCCCUCCACGUCCGCCGUCUCCCUCCUCGGGAUCGGGAGCAAGCGCCCGCGCGAGGACCAUGACCAGCAGGCGCCGUCGUUCUGGGAGGCGCUGCAGGCUCGGCCCGUGCCCGUGCCCUGGGGCAUCUCCCCGUCGCAGGAGGCGCAGGCGUACGCGUCGUCGGUGGUGGUGGCGCAGGGGCACCACCACCACCACCUGAACCUGCUCUCCGCGCUCACCGGCGCCGCCAGGCGGCCGGAGGAGGAGUCCCGGUGACUGACUGACGUGAUCGCGCCCGCUGACCGGCCGUGGCUCUAAAUUCUUGGAGCCAGCCAAGCCAGGUGUUCUUGCUGUUGUGUGGCUUUGCCCUACUACGACGUGCUUUCGCAUUCCCUUUAUUAGUUCCUUCCUCCUCCUUUGCGUGCAUUGUGGUGUGCUUUCUUUUGCGUGAUUUUUGGGCUGGAGAAGAACCGGGAAUCUGAUCAGAGAUUCCUUCCAAGGUAGUAGCAACUGUAGAUACAGGUCUUUAGAUCGCACUCCAUUUCGUCGGGUUUGCGCUCGUGUCCUUUGUUACAGUGUGUAUGAUACACACUGCUGCCAUGGUUGAUGGCUUCUGUCAUUCUCUGCUGUGAUUGUAACACAGCGCUGUGCUGCGCCGGUGCUCCAUCCA